UCCUUCUUCUUUACCCCUCUGUAUCCCGCAUUUUGUCUCCUUUCCAUCUUCAUCCACUCUUCCUUCAACCACGAACUUGUUUUUUGUUGGUUCGCAAAUAAAAGCCGUUUUUGCGUCACCCACCCUGCAAAAACUCUUAUUCUCUAAAUUCUGGGGAUUCUUUUUGGGCUUACAUUCAUCCAAAAAAGCUUGAAUCUUUGUCCCUGCAUUGAUAUUUGGGAAAAAAAGUCGGGAGCUUUUGGAAUUUGGGGAAAUAUUAUGCAUAGUCAUAGAGAUCGGGGAGGAGGGGGAGGACCGUUGGAUCGGAAGCGCGUUAACGAUGUGCUCGACAAACAUAUAGACAAGUCUACCCCAUCCAAUUCGAGGGGAUUGAGGAAUGACAAAGAUAAAGGCAGACCCUCUGUUCCUUCAGCUUCCGCCGGUAAAUCCCAGCUUUCAAAUCGGGAUUCACGUUCAAAAGCCGAUGAGGAAUCUGAAACUGACAGCGAAGAGUCCGAUAUAAGUGCUUCCGAUGGAGAUCACAUGUCUUGGAUAUCGUGGUUUUGUGGUUUGCGAGGCAAUGAGUUUUUUUGUGAAGUUGAUGAAGAAUACAUCCAAGACGACUUUAAUCUUUGCGGGUUGAGCAGUCAAGUUCCAUAUUAUGAAUACGCUGUUGAUUUAAUAUUGGAUGUUGAAUCUUCACAUAGUGAUAUGUUCACUGAAGAACAGAAUGAGUUGGUUGAAUCGGCUGCUGAGAUGUUGUAUGGUCUUAUACAUGUACGUUACAUAUUAACUGGCAAGGGAAUGUCUGCUAUGUUGGAGAAAUACAGAAAGUAUGAUUUUGGAAGAUGCCCUAGAGUUUAUUGCUGUGGACAAUCCUGCCUUCCAGUUGGUCAAUCUGAUAUUCCUCGUUCAAGUACCGUGAAAAUCUACUGCCCAAAGUGUGAAGAUAUAUAUUACCCUCGAUCCAAAUAUCAAGGCAAUAAUGAUGGAGCUUACUUUGGGACGACAUUUCCACAUCUAUUCCAGAUGACAUAUCUGCACCUAAAGCCACAGAAGCCGAUGCAAAAAUACAUCCCCCGAGUUUUCGGAUUCAAGAUCCACAAGCCAUGAACCAAUGUAUCGAGAGUUCAUCUUUCAUAGUGUCUGGUCUGCAGCGGCAAUUUUCACCUAAGCUUCGGUGCUUCGUACAACAGUGGGAUGCCCUGCAGUGUAAGGUGAAGCAGGGUUCCCAUGGCACGUUUGCCACGAUCGGCAUGCCCAUAUAAAAAAUGUCCUAUUCCGAUUUUGAAACACGACUUGUUCAAAAACAUAUGCAUCUAGAGUUUUAUGUAAUGUAUUUGAUUAUAUUAAUGUAUAUUUCUGAUACAAGCAACAUAUAUUUUGAUCGACUCU